CCCGCAUCGAGUUGUCCCUGCCUGUGCCGAGAUGGCUCACCCGCCGCAAGUUCCAGGCUUCAUCAACAGGAACUUCGAUGAGAUUCGAUAUUUGGGAGAGGGCGGGUUCGGGGUGGCAUGGCAGGCGCAUGCCAGGGAACCAGGGGACGCAGUAGAACUCGAUGAAGACAUCGACAUCCACAUCGACGACGAACACCGAGGACCCGAGGCCGAGCUGGUCGUCAAGAUGGUAAGCAUGCAGUCCAUGGGCACAGAGAGCGGGGCAUUAGUUGGUGCGUUGUGUAUGUCUCACACAUACACAUACAUGGCUCAUUUCCUCUGGUGUGUGGCCGGGUGUGUUGUGCUUGCGUUCCUGCAGAAUAAGCUCGGCCAGGGGCUCCUCGACGCGCUCCAGCGUAAGCGAAGUCAACAUGGAAACAUGCACGUAUCUGCUGCUGAAUGUGAUCCUUCUUCAUUCAGGCGAGCAUACCUUCAUGGACUCCGAGAUGUUCCCCGACAUCAAAGAUUGUCCCAAUGUGAUGUCGUCCCUGGCCUUCAAGAGCUACCCCGAGGAGGGCAGGGGCUACCUGAUCAUGGAGUACGGCGGCCCCACGCUCUCCAGGAAGCUGUGGGACCACGCGCAGGACGGACUGCCGCGGGAGGAGGUCAAGGAGAUCAGCCAGCAGCUCGUCAACGCACACAGGGCGCAGGGCAGGACCACUGGCCCAGGGAGGUGA